AUGGCCGAUCGUCGCGGUGCUCUGGUACCGCUGCUCAUUCUACUCUACAUCUUUCUGCCCCGUGAUACKGGAUCGCCGCAGAGGAGCACUGUCGUUGAUGAUGUGCCUGCACAGGAACAGCUGGCACUCGCCGUCGUUCAGAACUCGACCUGGGACGCAGAUUUUGGUACCUUGGGCCAUGAGCUGAAUGUCACGGGCGUGGAGCCGGAAAGAGGGUUUUCGUGGGAUUGCCUUUCUAGGAUCAAGGACAGGGCCCGCGAGCAGUUACAGUACGCUCUCGGAGAUUUUGGGCCACGAACUUUGGACGGCGAGACGGUGCCCGAGGAUCGCGCAACGCCGCUGUAUAACGAUGUGACCGGAUAUCUGCACGGGAAAUGGAAACGUUCAAAACUACAGGAAGGCAUUUCGCCGCCACAUCUCAACCUAUCCRAAUAUGCGCCUCUGAAUCCUCUCGGCCAGCCGGGUCUUCCCACCCGCUUCGACCGCAAUGUGACGGGUCAUGAGGGUGAUGCUUCAGUUCGUUUCAUGGAAACUCUACAGGUCGACGUUCCCAGCGCAAGGAAUACCACAAGAAUGAGCAUCGAGCUGAAGAUCACGGACGACGAUACAUAUGAUUCCUGGGAGGCCGUCAUGCACGGUGUCUACUUUCAAGACAUUGGACAGGCUAUUCUCACCACCACCAGUGACAAGUUCAAAGGAAUUUUCUUGCUCCCGCACCUCGCGUUGUCAAAUCGCACAUUCGAACACUCAAAGGCAUUGCUCAACGAAUCCAUCUCAAAAACAAUACUGAAGCAGAUCGAUGGACAGCUCAGCUCGCGCAACCCCUGGUCAUCUCAUUUCGACCCGUCCAUGGAUUCGCGAUUCUUGACACCGGAUUGCGACCUCGUGGUGUACCUGCAGCAAAUGGCACCAGUAGGAUUUGAUGAAUACUCGCCCUCGACGAUGACAUUCCUGGAGAAUGAAUUGAAGUCUCCGACUGGAGCGAUUGUGCGUGGUGUUCCGGACCUUCGAUUCUCGAUGCUAGCAUUCUCUCCAGACUGCGGCUAUGUCCUGGAGUCAAGUGGACCCCCGGAGAGUUUCGUCCAAGACGGGAACCACCUCUCCGGACCGAAGAUGGAGAUUCAAUACCAGCACAGCCGUCAGCAUCUCCUUUUGUAUACCCUUUUACUGUCUCUACAGCUCUUCCUGCUCAUGAGACAGAUGCGCGAGGCCAAUACCCCAUCUGUGAGAUCGCGAGUGAGCUUUUACACCAUUGUAUUCUUGAUCUUUGGCGACUGGUCGGUGACCCUAUCUUUCGUCGUUGUCAGCACCAUUUAUUCUGGGAUUUGGUUCAACCUGGUCGCUACUGCUUUUCUAGGGUUCAUGUCAGUUGUGUUCUUCGGCAUGAGAUUUCUUUCGCUCUUGUGGGAUGUACAGGCACCUGAGCGAGAGAGGAGAGUUAGAGCAGAAGUCGAGGAAGAACAAGCGAGAGAAGAGGCAUUCACUGCAACAUUGGCUCGUAUUCGUGCGGAGAGGACCGCGACAGUGCAAGAGCAUGUAUCAGCGACAGACGCACACUCUCAAGCUACAACCGAGACGCCACCAGAAUCAAUUCCACAGCCAACUGCAACUAUACCAGCUUCCGCACCGCCAAAUGUCCGGGUGGAACCAGGCGGUCUCCCACUACCGGUCACUGCUACACGACCUGCCCUGGUCGACACAGGUGCAACCCCCAUAUUUAUGCCAUCCGACCAAGCUGGUUUUGAAGAAGUCGGACUUACUUCCGGUCCGCCAGUAGACCUCAACGCUCGAGUGGCAGCCCGCAUGCCUAGGCUGUCUUCACUCUUCACACGAUUCUAUCUUCUGCUACUAUUCACACUCUUCCUGAGCAUCAACGCCACGGCCUGGCCAGCUCCCAUUCGUCGUGUCUAUUUCACACUAUUGAGCUUGCUCUACGUCAGCUUUUGGGUACCCCAGAUCCUCCGAAACGUCCAGCGCAAUUGCCGACACGCGUUGAAUUGGGAAUUCGUUAUUGGACAGAGCAUACUUCGUCUUCUACCCUUUGCUUACCUCUUCGCGUACAAGAACAAUGUCCUCUUCACGAACACCGACUACUACAGUUUGGCAAUCCUCGUCGUCUGGGUCUGGGCUCAGGUUCUAUUGCUAGUCUCGCAAGAGCUUGUUGGACCACGAUGGUUCCUGCCACAAGGUGACUGGGCACCGCCGGCGUACGACUACCAUCCAAUCCUACGCGAAGACGAAGAAGGCGCGACAAUGCCGAUCGGCUUCUCGCAGGCUACCGCCGAUGGCUCCGUUCCGUCGUCGCCAAUACAAGAGCGCGGAGACGCUUCUCGUCGUGGAUCGGUCGCCAAGGAGACCAAAGAGAAGGGGAAACGAGUGUUUGACUGMGCAAUUUGCAUGCAAGAUUUGGAAGUGCCAGUCAUUGAAGCUGGUGCUCCCAAAGAUACUAGUCUUGGUGGUGGACUGCUUGCAAGACGCAUGUACAUGGUCACUCCCUGUCGCCACAUCUUUCACAGCGCUUGUUUGGAAGGCUGGCUCAAGUAUAGGCUGCAGUGUCCGAUCUGUCGAGAGACGUUACCGCCUUUGUAG